AUGUUCUGUGUCACUAUCACCACUUCACCUCAAGCAAGCGAUUCCAAAUCGCUCAAGAGUGCUGACUUCGGUACCGAGGCACACGAUGACGAUCGAAUCUCCAGACCAACCCUAAAGCGGUUGGUAACUUCCCCGGCCGGUCAUUUCCACAACAUAUCGUGCACUCGAUGGCGACAGACGCCAUGCCAGCCAUACCAACAAGAGUCGAUAUCAUCCUCCCAGUCUGCGCUCAUGCCUCGGAGCCGGAAGACGACCUACAGGUACGGGAUCCACGAGUGUUCGAGGUGCAGCUAUGACCCAGUUUGCUACCGAUCGAGCGAUUUACAAGAACAGGAGAGGCCAGAAAAGGUGAACUAA